AUGGGGGGCCAUUCUGACCUAGUGGAAUUUCUUAUUAAGAGAAAUUCUUGUAUGAGUGGAGAAAUAGCAUUAGUCCACAAGCUUGAAUCAUUAAAUCUCUUCUCACCAGAUGACAUAACAAAGUCAGGGGCUGGUAUUUUACAUUUCACUUGUUAUUCUAUGAAUGAUAAAAGUGUUGAGCUUAUUAAGUAUCUUUUAAAUCAAUAUCAAUUAUCCAUUGAUGUAAAGGAUCGAUAUAGUAUGACCCCACUUCAUAUUGCUUCAUGGUUUGCCUCAUCAUCAGUUGUUGAGUAUAUUGUUAGUAUUCAAGAAUUAAUAACUACCUACCAGUUAGAUCUUCAUCAAGCUGACAGUAAGGGUAAGCUACCAAUUCAUUAUGCUGCUGAAUCUGGUGAUAAUUUACUACUGGAAUUAUAUGUGAAGGAUUACAAGUGUAGUCUGAGCCUAACAAAUUACAAAGGUUGGAAUGUUAUUCACUUUUCAUCUUCAGAAGGUCACACUCACUUCAUUAAGCAUUUGGUAGAGAAUCACCAGUUAGAUCUGUGUGCUGUGAAUGAUGAGGGAAUGGCUCCUAUUCACUUAGCAUGUAGUAAUGGAAGAUUGAACUUGAUCCAGUACAUUAUAGAACACAUGCUAUCAUCACUUGAACUACCUCAUAGCACAGAUGGUCACACUCCAUUCCUUAUUGCAGUGUACUUCAAUCAGUUAGAAGUUAUUAAAUAUCUUAUUAGUAAGAAGUGUAAUCUAUCAGCUACUGAUGAUGAAGGAUCUGGAGCAGUUCACAUAUCAGUAGAGAGGGGUCACUUGAAUGUAUUGAAGUAUCUCAUUGAUAAUAACUAUUGUAAUCCUAAUGCAACCAAUCAUCAAGACCGUACACCACUACAUGUUGCUGUAGCAGCUGAUAAAUAUGAAAUAUUAGAAUAUUUACUGAGUAAGAGUAUAUCUUCAAUGAGUGUUGUCUGGUUACCCUGUCAUGAUGGAGAACAGAAUAUGGUAUCACUAUUAUUAAACGCCAGUCUGUCUAACAAUAACUUAUUAAUUACUAACAAGAAAGGACAGACACCAUUACACUUAGCAGUUGCCUCUGGUCAUAAGGAUACCACUGAAGCUUUACUGUUCUCAGUCACUGGUAGUUCUACUCAUCAUGAUCUCCUUACAGCUACUGAUAAUGAAGGAUCCACUGUAUUACAUACAACUUGCAGUAAUGGCCAUAUUGAUGUCUUUCUUUACUUUUGUAGGAUUUAUCCUGAUGGCAUUAAUACUUUGGAUAAUAGAAAUCGCUCUAUACUUCAUGCAGCAUGUGAGGGUGGGAAUGUGGAAUUGGUACAACUUUUAAUUGACAACUUUGGACUGGACCCUGUAGCACAAGAUAAAGAUGGCGUUACUUGCAUGCACAUAUUGGCAGAAAGAGGUAAUACUACGAUAUAUCAGUUUAUAAAGGAUCAAGUAGCUUCUAACUAUAUCCCUUGUGAUGAUAAUUGUCGUACUCCUCUUCAUUAUGCAUGUCUCUUCAAUCGUAAUGAGAUGGCACUGUAUCUCAUUAACAGUUGUCAUUAUAAUCCUGAUGAUCCUGAUAAUAAUGGAUACACUUCAGUUCAUGCAGCAUGUGAAGCUGGUAACUUUGACUUAAUUCUACAAUUUCUCACAGAGCUUUGCUGUAAUGCACUAGCUGAAACUCGUGACAAGAAAACUCUACUUUAUUUUGCUAGUAAAAGUUCUAAUUUAGAGCUUGUUCGGUUUUUAGUUGACGUAUUCAGUUUAAAACCUCGUCCGCAUGAUAUUGAAAUAGCUCAAUCACUUAAUCCUGAUUCAUCAGUAGUUAAAUAUCUUCAAGAGAUACAUUAUGAUUUAUUUCUUUUAGAACAAACCUAG